AAAGGAGCCCCACGACCGUACAUCUCGGAUCUCGAAGCCUAACGGACGGACGGAUGGAUACAUACACACGGUCCCACUCACGGGGCCCCACCAGGCCCACCCCCCAUAGCUCCAUUGCAGCCGGGAAGCCCGACUCGCCGGCCGCCGCCGCCGCCCACGUCCCCUCGUCGGCCGGCAUAGCGUCACAGCUAAGGGCCACCACAGGGCUUCUGUUCCGGCCGCAGGGCGUCCCCCCGAUUCUCCCCGGGAGCGGCAACCAGCGCGGGGAGGGAGGGAGGGAGGGGGACGAUGCUGGCGACGGCGGCGCGGUGGGCGGCGAAGAAGGGGAAGCCGAAGAUGGCGCCGAUCGAGCUGCCGGCGCCGCCCGAGCAGGCGCAGUCCAUCACGCGCACCAUCUUCGACGUCGUCCGGGAGCACGGCCCUCUCACCAUCUCCGACGUCUGGGACCACGUCAAGGGAGUUGGGCUUAGGGGCCUGACGAGCAAGAGGCAGAUGAAGCUCAUGAUGCGGUGGAUGCGGGAGAAGCAGAAGCUCCGGCUCAUCUGCGACCACGACGGGCCUCACAAGCAGUUCCUCUACACCACCUGGUUCACCAAUCCCAAGAACGCGCCGCCGAGGCCCAGGAGAGAGCAUCAUCAUCAUCAUCAGCAGCAGCAGCUCAGAGGAGAGCCUCCCAAACCAUGACGGACGGCAAUGGCAUCAGCAAUGUGGAACAGAUCCUGAUGAAUGCUCACUGCCAAGAAGGCUUGCCAUCUGCCACUGCCACCCAGAGAGUUCCUUCAGUGGUUCAGCCCUUGUGCUUAUCUAGGCCUCCCCUUCUCGAGUGCUUGUUUGAGCGUUGCGUAUGGUACAGGAAUCUCUGCACCACAUGAAAUGAACAGGGUUUUCGCAUGGUUUAGUUCAAAUCUUGCAAAAAUCCCAAAAAGUUCGUCCAUUUCAAAGAAGAGCAGGUGGCCACUGCUAGUGCUAAGCCAGGAUCUUUUCGUAAUUUGUACUAGGAAUGGAUUUGAGCAAGUGUCUUCUCUCUC